AUGAAAUAUUAUUUCAUUUUACUAUUAACUACUUUCUUUAUUUCUACACAAUUAGUAGAAUGUAUUAUUUAUCAAGCAUGUUGUGAAAAUGGAAUGUGUCAGUCUUUUGAAUCUCCAGAAGCAAUGUAUGGAUCAACUUGUUGUGGUGACAAUUUAAUGAAUAGUAAUCGCCAAAUUUGCUGUGAUGAUGUUAUACGUGAAAGAAAUAUUGGAACACAAUAUGCUGAAAGAUGUUGUGGAAAUCAAACUUUAACAAAUUCUCAAACAUGUUGUAAUAAUAAAAUUUUUAAUGUACAAAAUGGAUUAUGUUGUGGAGAUAAAGCAUUUAUAUAUUCUCCAACAACACAAUGUUGUGGCAACAUUUUGCAUGAAAAUGUAAACUUAAAAUCAACUUGCUGUGGAUCAAAUAUUUUGGAUGGAGAAAAAGAACAAAUUUGUUGUGGUGAAAAAAUUUAUAAUAUGACACAAUAUGAUAGUUGUUGUAUAAGUAACACACUUAUUCCAUUAUAUUCUCCUUAUAAUUCAAAAACACAUGAAUGCUGCUCAACUCCAAUUUCAAUUUCUUCAACAUCAAAAUGUUGUUACUUAAAAACAGGCAAUACAACAACUCCAACAAUUUAUAAUUCUUCUACACAAUGUUGUAAAUAUCCUUAUAAAAAAAUAGGUAAUAUUGUAGGUAAAAAUUGCCAAUUUACAUAA